AUGCCCGAAUCAAUCGACGUUGUCAUCAUCGGCGCUGGUCUCGCAGGGUUGACCGCUGCGAGAGAAGUCACGAAGGCUGGAUACUCUUGUGUUGUGCUUGAAGCAAGAGCUCGAGUGGGAGGUCGCACGUACACUCACAAAUUGGACAAGGGCAUCGUCGACCUCGGUGCUGCGUGGAUCAAUGACACAAAUCAGAGUCAAAUGUUCGCGCUUGCGGAGGAGCUGAAGCUUGAGCUAAUAGAGCAGAAUACAACGGGUAAUGCUGUACUGCUUGAUCAUGAUGGGAGCGCAAAGCCAUUUCCGUACGGGAAACUACCUCCAUUCGACGAUGAGACAACAACCCACCUCGCUCAUAUUCGUGAUACUGUCGAGGCCGAUUGCCAGAAGCUAUCUGCUGCCAGGCCUACUUCCACUCACCUCGACAGUAUAACCUUUGCCGCUUACGUUCAGUCUCUCGGAGCCAGCCCGCUUGCGCUUUCUAUUGCCAGCAUCUGGACUCGUGCCAUGGUAGGUCAGGAGCCAGAAGACGUCUCCGCUCUUCUUUUUUUGAACUAUUGCAAAUGCGGUGGAGGCCUCCUGCAGAUGCGGUCUGAUCAAAAAGGCGGCGGACAACAUUUGCGGAUUCGCACUGGUACUCAAUCGUUCUCAGAGGGAUUGAAAAACAUGCUGCCAGCAGGCACGGUCCGCUUGUCCAGCCCGGUCGACUCAAUCACGCAGCAAGGUGACGGUCAUGUACUCGUCACCACGCAGAAUACACCUGACAUGCCUCUGCUUGCUCGCAAAGUCAUUACUUCCGUCCCUGGACCAGCGCUCAAGCACAUAACCUUCACGCCACCCUUGUCGCCAGCAAAGCGCCUCUUGAUCGACUCUUUCCGUUAUGGCUUCUAUCAGAAGGUCAUGAUCGUGUUUAAGACGUGCUUUUGGGCACACACAACAGGAAUACCCAACUGCGGCCUCAUACAGUCAUUCAGCGAUCUUCAUCCAGCUGCUGUCGUACGAGACACCUCGUCUCCUCUCGAUGAUAAACAUGUCCUCACAUUCUUCGUCGCCGGCAACCCAGGGCGCGCCUGGUCCGCUCUACCCAAACCUGAACGCGAGGAAGCACUCUUCCGCCAAGCUGCAGACGCUUUCUUGUCCGGCGACCUCGCGAGACUCAAGUCAGAAGUUGUGGAAGUGAUUGACUUCGAAUGGCGGAACGAGCACUGGAAUGGUUACGGCUGUCCGAGCCCUUGCCUCGCUCCGGGAGUGUGGUCUGCGAUCGAGUCGGAGGGCGGUGCGGAAGUUUUGGCACAAGCUGCAGGGAAUGUGCACUUUGUGGGCACGGAGACGAGUGAUGUGUGGAGAGGGUAUAUGGAGGGCGCGGUGAGGAGUGGAGCGAGGGGCGCGAGGGAGGUGUUGGCGGAUCUGAAGCGUUAG